CGCCGGCCCUCCCCGCCGCAGCCGCCGCCGGGCCGCGCGUCCGCCGCCAGCCGGCUCAGGCCCCAGCCGCCGCCGCCGCCUCCCCCUCCAUGGCCGCCGCUCUCGCCGGCUGCAUUGUGGGAAGCUGACCUCACUCGCUGCUGCCGCCGCCCCGCCGGCUCCGGCACUCGCCGCCAUGGGGGCCGUGACCGACGAUGAAGUUAUCCGCAAGCGACUGCUGAUCGAUGGCGAUGGUGCUGGUGACGACAGGCGGAUCAAUUUGUUGGUGAAGAGUUUCAUUAAGUGGUGCAAUUCCGGAUCUCAAGAGGAAGGUUACAGCCAGUACCAACGAAUGCUGAGUACUUUAUCACAGUGUGAAUUUUCAAUGGGAAAAACUCUCCUGGUGUACGAUAUGAACCUGAGAGAAAUGGAAAAUUAUGAAAAAAUCUAUAAGGAUAUAGAAAAUAGCAUAGCUGCAGCACAUGAGAAAAUUUCUGAAUGCAAAAAACAAAUCCUGCAAGCAAAAAGGAUUCGAAAAAAUCGCCAGGAAUAUGAUGCAUUGGCCAAAGUCAUACAGCACCAUCCAGAUAGACAUGAAACACUGAAGCAGCUAGAAGCUUUGGGAAAAGAACUGCAACAUCUUUCUCACAUUAAAGAAAAUGUUGAAGAUAAGUUGGAGCUGAGAAGAAAGCAGUUUCAUGUUCUCCUGAGCACCAUUCAUGAACUUCAGCAAACCCUGGAAAAUGAUGAAAAACUUUCAGAAGCUGAAGAAUCUCAAGAAACUCAGAUGGAAACAGAGACCAAACAGUAGAUGUAAUAUGAAGACUGACUGUACUAUUGAAGAAUGUCCCAGUGUCUUCACUUUGUGUUGAAACCAACAGUAAGAGACUGAGCCGAAAAAUAGUUUUCUACUGCUUCUGUGAAUUUUUAUACGAAAACACUUGUUUUGCAUAUGCUUGAGGGGAAAACAGUUACAGAUCUGUGCAGAGAGGCACUUUGCGUUAAUCCACAAACUUUGUAAUUGUGACAAGAAAUACAUUCUGGUUUACAAAGGAUGAAGCUUCUGCACGGUACUUGUGAACUAAGAUGUUUGCAAAACAUUGUCAAUAAAAGGUGUUUCCAGAGAGUUUCCUAUUUCUAGUAGGCAUUGAGCCUUAUAGUAAGGGCUCCUUUUCUUACUUGACAUUGGACUGAGGACAGUGCAUCUUUGCAUGAAUCCCAGCUUCCAUACCCUAGUCCAGAUGGGACCUAAAACUGAACUAAGUAGGGACUUAAUUUUUCAAAGUAGCUGCCAUUUUAGAACUUACCUG